CCGGGCCGUGAAACCACCCCGCCUGGGCGGAGGGGCUGUCGUGGGGAGCCGGGGGACAGCCGCCGCCGAGGGGAAAGUGUUAGUCACCGCCGGGAGCUCUCGGGCGUGAUCCCCGUGACACGCGGGCAGGGGCUGUCGAGCCCGCGUCCCUCCCGCCGCGGGGCUGCCCGCGCCCGCCGCUGACCCUCGGGGCGCCGGGGCAGUCCCCAGCUCUUUGCCCCCGGUGGCCCCCGGCGCUUCCCUCGGGACAGGCCGGGGGUGUUUCCACUCCCCUCUCGAACACACAGUAGAUGUCUCUACCUCAAGGUUGCUCUGAGGAUUCGCUCGUGGUGCUGCAGUAUCCUCAUUUCCUCACUCAAAGCCCUCAGUGCUUUGUCUCUGAGUGCUUUGUCUCUGGGAACCUACAAAAUGGGAGGUAGUGCCAGAGCCCUGCCAGGUUGCCGAGGAGGAAACAUGGGAAAGCCGGUUGCAGGCUUUAAGAUGGCUUUCCAAAGUGUAAAAGCAAUGCCAAAAUGGAAGACAGAAGAUAGGUUAUGUUGAGGGCAGCUUCUCAGUAGAAUCAAGGCCCGUGGAGCAGACAUGAGGCUAAACAGACUUCAUCAUCUGCAUGGAAUGAAACCUUGAAAGAGCUGUAGGAAGAGGACUAUAUUGAGAAAUUAUUUACAGUACUUUGUCCAUUUCUGAAGAUUCUGUGUUGUCACAAAUUGACACAUGCUGCUGCUUAAAGGACUGUAAUAAAACUGAUGCUUCUGUGUAUUUUAUUUUUCCUGCCUGUUUGAAAACCACCAGAAAACAGGAAGGGUUAGGAAAGAGGCACAACCUGAAACCCCGCGUACCAGGCUGGACAAACGCCGCAUUGUCUCGGUACAAAUCGCUGGUGGUGAAACAGCGCUCCCUGAUGUCCAGCAAGCGACUUGGAAGUCCGAAAGCUCUAUUCUUCCCGAUAUUCUUGGAUGAAUUGUUCAACAACCUUCUGAAUAUUGUAGCUAAGCAAAGCUGGGAACCAGUUAAUUCCGCUAUCUCACGCAGAGGACUUAGAGCCAGGUAAAGUCCUGUUUCCUUAUUGUCACUGGGGUCAGGGAUCAGCCUUGCCAUGUCGAUGUUUUUCCAUAUUGCUUCCAAGCUGAAUCUUUGAGUCAUUCCCGUCCCAGUCCUACCUCAGGCUGCAGAGUCCUGCAAGGAGAGAAAGGCAGAGUUCCAGACAUUCUCCCAGCUCUCUCUCACAAGUUCAGUUUCCUCAGGAGUCUGAUCCAGCGUUGUGCAACGGGUCUGAAUCAGAGCAGAGACCUGAGUCCUGGCAGGCUGGGGACAGAACACUGGUGGAAGAGUCACAACACCCGUUCAAUAACUUGAUUGUGGCAGAGUUUUGAGUGAAAAAAGAAGUCUGUUCGUGUUUUGUUGCAGAACCACCAGCCCAAAAAUUAUUUUAGAAAUGUGAGACCUACAGGGAGCUCUGUGUAGAUAAAAGCUGACAUUGCAAGUCACUUUUUAUUGAUGUAAAGGUGUAAAGAAUAAGGAAGUAUGGAUGUCACAAUUAUCAUUGCAGCUUCAUGUUUUGCAAUAGGAAAGAAAAAAAAAAGAAGAUAUUUUUCUGAUCCUAAAGAUUUAGAUGGUUAUGUGGAAGUUUCUGUAACCUACCCUUCCUCUGUUUUUCACAGUUAUUAAAUGAAAAGUAGUUAAUUGAUGAGUACUUUGAAUUCCUUAGAUGAAAAGUAAUAUUAAAAAAAAAAAAAAAAAAGAGAACUAUUAAUGCAGGAUAACUCACUGUGAAUAUGUGUCCAAGAAGAGAGAAUAUCAAAGAAACAGACUUUUGCCCUGCCAAUGCAUUUGGUAUUAUUGCCACUCUACUGCCAAGUUUCCUGAUUUCAGCCUGUUCCACACAGAGAUGUUGUUAGUGGGUACAUUUACCACUUGGUCUGUUUUUUUCUCUCUCCCUGAUCAGAAACUUGGCAUGAUCUUUCCCUGAAUAUGCUCACUAACUCAGAGCACAUAAAUAAUUUAGCAAAUUAUUAAUAGAAGAUGAGGAAGGUGUAAAGAGGCCUCUUUUCUCAUUACCAUAACAAAUGAGGCCAGUUACACUUUAAUUGACCUGCACAGGGGGAAACAAUGAAAAUGGAUGUAUAUCUUGCCAUCUUCCUAGGAUAAAUCUUUAGCUCUUAUAAGAAAAGGCAACAGUAAGAUUUCACACUGAAUCUUAUUAGCAAAGGGAUUUUUUUCAUUGUUGUUCCAUUUCAAUAGACUGCCUUAGACUAAUUGUAUACUACUACCUGCAUUAAUUGUCUCUGUGGAAAGGUAGCAGCAGGGUAUCCUGUACCUCUGUUUUAAUGAUCUUUAGAGUCAGGUAUCCCUCCUCCUUCAUGUCCUAUGUCUGCUGGGGAGAUGUCUAUCAUCCUGGGGAGAUGUUUUAAUCAUAGAACGGUUUGGGUUUGAAGGGACUUAAAGAUCAUCACGUUCCAGUCCCUGGCGAUGGCCAGGGUGGGACACCUCUCCCUAGACCACAUUGCUCAGAGCCCCCAUCCGACCUGGCCUUGAACAAUUCCAGGGAUGGAACACCCCCAGUUUCUCUGGGCAACUUGUGCCUUGUCACCACUCUCACAGAAAAGAAUUUCUGCCUGAGAUCUAACCUAAGCCUACUCUCAAGUUGGAUCCAUUCCCCCUUAUUCUGUCACUACACCCCCUCGUAAACAGCCGAGGAAGGAAAGAAGGUUUUGCAGCGCUGCUGGGCAGCGCACAGACCCAGGGCACGCGUGAGGCUGCCUCACGGCGGCGGCACCGCCGCGCCCGCCGCCCGCCGCCCCCGCUCCCAUUGGCUGCCGCGCCCUGGGCGGCAACGGGGGGCGGGAGAGAGAGAGCCCCGCCGUUCGAUUGGCUGGAGUGGCUGCCCCGCGCACGCUGAUUGGCUACCAGAGACGCCACUCGAGGAACCUUUGCUUAAGGAAAUGAAACACAACCUGGUGUGUCAGACACCUCCCACUGUCACUGUUCAUGUCAAAUCCAGUGCAUCCAGAUCACAUCAGCAAAAAAAACUUACUAGACUAAAGCGACCUGCUUUUAAAGACCGUCAAGAAAAUUGUGAAAAAGGGGUUCCUAGUCAGAAAUAUAAAUGUUCAAAGGGACCAUGUCUAGUUAUUCAGCGUCAGGAAAUGACAGCUUUCUUUAAAUUAUUUGAUGAUGAUCUAAUCCAAGACUUCCUUUGGAUGGACUGUUGCUGUGAAAUUGCAGACAAGUAUCUCUUGGCAAUGACUUUCGUUUAUUUCAAGAGAGCUAACUUCACACCAAGUGAGCAUACCAGAAUCAAUUUCUUUGUGGCUCUGUAUCUGGCAAACACAGUUGAAGAAGACAAUGAAGAAGCAAAGUAUGACAUUUUCCCAUGGGCUUUGGGCAAAGCCUGGAGAAAGCUCUUCCCUGAUUUCUUAAAGUUAAGAGAUCAACUGUGGAGCAGAAUUGACUACAGGGCUAUUGUAAGCAGACGCUGCUGUGAAGAGGUGAUGGCCAUCGCUCCCACACAUUACAUCUGGCAGCGAGAGCGCUCUGUGCACCACAGUGGAGCGCUGAGGAACUACGACGAAGCGCAGCUGCCGCGGGGACCCAGCGCCACUCCUACAGACUGCCUGCUCUGCGGCAGGAAAGGCAGAUUUGUACGGCUCGGGUUAUCUUCUUCCUCCUCAUCUACUGACACGCUGGAGAUUAUAGAACUACAUUCAUCCCAGAAAUCAAAGGACACCUUUGCAACUGAAAAAAUGCUCAUCGACUCUCCUUCUUAUAAAGCCCAAGACUGCCAGAGCCUGUCCAGCAAAAGGCAACCACGUAGCACCCUGAAUCAAGAUAAAUCCAUGGACUGGUUUACAAGCAAUGGAGAAUGAAAUGCACCUGAUAAGGCAGAAACAGAUACUGUGAUUUGCAG